GUAACGCCCUUCCAGAAACCAUACCGAUUGGUGCGUUGUGACAGACUGUUGUCUUCUGAAUGGAUCUUUUACCUGUUGAUCAAUUGUGUCUUUUUUAUUUUAUCUCGAGGGAGGGUUGUUUAGUGUAUGAUUCGUUAUUCAGGACGAGUUUGGAUAUGCAUUUGGACUUUUAAGUUCGCUACCCAAUAAUCUAAAGUCUACAGGCUGUGGAGUGGGCGGCUAGUUUGGACGAAUUGAGGAAUCCGGUGGGCGUGCUCACAGAUGUAGUGUUUCCUGAUCGCUCUGUUAUUUUUUUAAGUUUAGAUAUGGAAGGGAUACUGUACAAAUGGACAAAUUAUUUAAAUGGCUGGCAGCCUCGUUGGUUUGUUCUCCAUGGAGGUACACUGUCCUACUACAGCUCACAGGAGGACUCGUGGAAAGGCUGUAAAGGCAGUAUUAAAAUAGCAGUAUGUGAAAUAGAAGUUCAUACUAGAGAUAACACUCGAAUGGAUCUGACUAUUCCCAGACAGCAACACUUCUAUCUGAGAGCUAUAAAUGCGGAAGAGAGGCAAAAGUGGCUGGUUGCUCUGGGAUCAGCCAAAGCAUGUCUGAUGGACAGAAGAAUGAAGAAAGAAAAAGAGUACAUUGAAAAUACGGAGACUCUGAAGAACAAGAUGUCAGAACUAAAAACUUAUUGUGACUGCCUUAUUCAGCAUGCAAACAAAAUGUCUGAGAGUGCAGCUGCUGGAACUUUGUAUGCUGAGGAAAAAAUUGAUGCAAAAUCUCUACUUAAGUCAACAUGCAAAGCUUUCCUUAAGACCCUUGAAGAAUGUAUGCUGAUGGCAAAUGCAACCUUUGCCUCUGAACUGUUUGAGCCUUCACCAGCAGAGUCUCCUCCUGUGGCACCUGUGAAACCAAUGAAGGCUCAACAUCAUGCUUCUUCCAGUCACAGUAAAGCUGAAAGGCAUUUAGAACUGAACAAUAACCAUGAACAUGGUCCAGGGAUAGAAGUGGUAAAGUGCCAAGAACGUAUCCCCAUUAAAGAUGAUGACGAGCAGGCCGACAAGCUGGAAAGAAACAAUGUGGAAACCAUCAAUAAUACUUACUAUGAAGAUGCAGAGAGUAGAAGAACAUCAGAAGAUAGUAGCAGUAUGCCAGAGGAACGUCUCCCUUCAGGUUCUCUGCAGUUAGCAGCAGAAAUGCAGGACUCAGUAAUGUUACAAGAAGAGGAAGAGGAGGAGGAGGAAGAAUUGGAGACUUUUUUUAGUUUAAUGAGCCACAGAUUUUGUGACAUCAGAUUGGAAGAAGAUAACUUUAUACCAACAGAAUACUUUUUGGAAUCGUGUUAUGCAAUUGUUCCAGUAUUAGAUAAAUUGGGGCCAACUGUAUUUGCACCUGUUAAAAUGGACUUUGUUGGUAAUAUUAAGAAAAUAAAUCAAAAGUACAUAACUGACAAAGAGAAGUUCACCACUCUGCAGAAGAUAGUAUUAGAUGACGUGGAGAGGCAUUUAGCACACAUCCGGAAUUCUGCUACAGAAGCUCUUCUCUGGUUAAAAAGGGGUUUAAAGUUUCUGAAAGAAUUUUUGGAAGAGGUGAAGAAUGGAGAAGUGAAUAUUCAGGAAGCACUUAAUAAUGCGUAUGGCAGAACGCUCCGACAGUAUCAUGGCUGGGUUGUACGUGGAGUUUUUGCACUUGCCCUAAGGGCAUCUCCAACAUAUGAGAAUUUUAUUGCUGCAUUAACAGUAAAUGAAGGUGAUGAACAAAAGGCAUCAUUUUACAGAACAAUGCAGAGAGAUCUUGGCAUUUAUCUGCCAGCCAUGGAAAACCUUUUAGUCAUAUUGGAUGACUUUUAUGAUCAAUACAAUCUAGAAUCGGAGGAAGUAGUAUGACUACAGUGAAACCUGCCUGCCAAACUUUAGCUCACCUCUCCCAAAAAACUCUGCAUUUGGCAAAUAUGUUUACCUAUAAUAGGGAAAGCCAAAGGGGUCUGUAGCAACACACUUGCUUAUAUGCAAUCUUCCAGAAGACUUUUUUUUUAUUAGCGUUGUAACAUGUAAUGUUAAUAUAAUACAAGGACUAACAUAAACUGUUGGAUGCAGUUGGCCCUUUUUGCACAAUACCUCUUCCAAGCUACUUUCUUAAAUGUAGCCAGUUGAUUUCAAGAACACUAAUCAAAAGAACGGAAGAUGAUUUUGUAUUAUUGUAAUAUAUACACAUUUGGUGCUUUUAUUUUAUUUGUAGUUUUGAUAACUUAUCUGAUAUUUUAUAUAACCGUAAUAAAUGGUGGUUCAUGUAUUUGUUUGAAACUGCUUUCCUUUAAAGUUUAUGCCAUUUUUUUUUUUUACUAAAAAAACACUUGCCAAUUUUUGUUCAUUGUACUUCUUGUUUCACUAAUAUUUGAAGUGACUACCUGCCCUGUUAUAUAAAUGAGCACAGAACCAUUAACAAUGGACUGGUUAUCCAGAUUAGUGGCAUACAUGCACAUGAAUUCUAAAUGUUCAUAAUGACACCCUGCCCAGAAGUUCCACAGCUUAAAAAGUGGGACCUCAGAAGUGCAAGAGAGAAAGAGGUCUGUAGACCUCAAAUAUCGAACAUUUUCCAUUUUGGUUAUGGUGACCUGAGAGAGAGAUUAUUAACAUAAAAAGUUAGCAAAGUAUUUAACAAUUUAAUUCAUGAAUUAUUUAAAAAAAAAAUACUGCUUAGGGUUGUUCAGCAGUAUCACAGCCCAGAAUGUGAUGCACCUUUACCUGUAACAUGCUUUAUGGAGAGUCUGCAGGAUAAAAACAGGGACUGAUUUCCAUUCAGUAUUUAUUCUGGAGCAUUUCUCCCCGGGCCUCCGCUGAAAACAGGAUCUGUGGAACCUAGUCGGACUUUCCCGGUCAACAAAUGUUAAAUUAAAAUUUGAUUAGAUAGGUAGGAUUGAUUUCAGAAUGUUUUGCUUUCAUGUAAAGUACAUUAAGCUUUUGAAGCCCUUCAUCUGCACAUUACCAAAAGUUCUAUAGCUCUUUGUGCUCGAAAAAGCCAGUUAAAAUUAUUUUGGCAUCUGUUGUGUUUGUCUAUGUAUAUGUAUUAAAUGUGUUCCUCUUUUGAGACAGAA